AAACAUUUACAGUGGAGGUGUUGUGAAAAGGCUAUUUUGAAGUAACUGAAAUAUUGUGUUACGUUACCGCUAAUCGAUAUUAUCACAUGAUGAUUUAUUUGAAGGAAUUAUUCAAUUGGAUUUUAGCAUAGAUCUAGAUAAACAACUUACUUACUGUAACCUGCUAUUUAAUCCUGCAAAGUGACUUUCCUGUCCUAUUUGCUCAGACAUGUCUUGACGUUUUCAUUGUCAUUCAAAUGCAUUGACUUUUAAAUAUGUGAUAAGGUACAGAUUUACUUAAAAACUUUUUAGUAUAAGUAUUAUUUUAAGUGACAGGAUACUUGUGUGAUGCGUUUAAAACAAAAUAUGAAUACUGUUGCAGCUUUAAAAGGCAACUUGGGCUUGCGAAGUAGUCCAUUAUCACCCACUGCUAGUAAGCUAUCAACACAAUACCUUGUGUUAGAUCAUAUGUCAAACCAUUAUAAAAAGAUCAGUAAAGCUAAGUCAGCUAUUGAUAGUAAACCACCCAAAUCAAUGGUCAAUAGUCAAAAGGCAAGAGAUAAUCAAAGAAGGAAAGAAUUCGAGAAAUAUGGGCGAAGUAGAUCAUGUACAAGUCUAUCAAGGCACACACCAACACCAGGUCAGCAGUAUGGUUAUACUGAGGAUAUGUAUGAUGAAACUUUGUGGGAUGACCCAGAAGAUGAGGAAGAUGAACUGGUUCAAAGUAUCAUGAGAACAACAUUACAAACUCAAACAAUGAGCCAUCCUAACAAACCAAAUAUGGAGAAAACAUUACAACAUCAUCAAGAUCUGCAUCAUUCCAAUGCCAUGGCAACUACAAUGAGACCAAUUUCAAGUCGUUCUGCAAGAUCAUGUGUUAGCAAUGUUUCAAGAUUAAGUGAAGUUACUAGAAAAUCUACAUAUGAUGGAGAUGUAGUUGAUAAACAUCAACAUCGUUUUACUGAACCAAAUAAACCAUUUACACCAAGAACCUUAAAAUCCAAUCGACAAUCCAAACUAAGCCAAUACAAGUAUUAUACACCACCUAAAAAUAAACGUCCCUCCAGUAGUAGAAGUACACGUGCAGAAAAUGAUACAAUGGUAAAGACUCAAGAAAGUCCUAGAUCUCCAGAAAAACCUCGAGUUAAGCCAAGAAAAUCCAGUGUAAACCAAAACGAUACUUUUACUGACACUCACAUGUUUGAAAGUUUACAAAGUCAUGAUUUUCAGAAUUAUAAAAAUCCCAGUGAUGUUCCUCCUUUAGAGAUAACUGUAGAUAAAGAUCAUAAAGAGUGGCUUGAAGACCAAGUUGAUAAAGCUAAACAAAGACUAUCAGAUGAUGAUGAUGAAUUUUAAAUCAAUUAGUAGAUACAUUGAAAAUUUCAAACUCAUAAUUUGGAACUAUUCUGUUCUAGAUUGAUUCAUCAUUUGUGCUUUAAAGCGUGGAAUACCAUUUUUUUUUUGGUUACAUUCUUAUAUUAAGGGUUUCUUUUAAAAUAUUUUGGAAGAUUGUGAUGAAAUUUCUGUGUAGGUAAACGUUAAAUGACAAUUUAUUUGAUGUGCUUAAAGAAAGCUGUUAACAUUGUUCAAUACCCAUAAAACCAAAUGGAACAAAAGGGAUAACAAGAAAAAGUUGUUAUUGGUAUUAAAUAAGACAUGAAGGCUGAGAUCUGUAUUAUCACACAAAAUACAUGUAUGUUUAAAAAAUGCCUAAAGGAGUGCAUUAUAUGAUAUCUUUAAAACCCAAAGUUCCCUCUUGUCAUUGUAUUGCUGUUUCAUUCAUUUUAUUUAGCCUUGAUUUAAUCUUUCAUUUUUGCUAUGAAUUGAAAACCCUGUUACAUUUUGUUCAAAAUUUUAAUGUUAUUAUUUGAUUAUCUUGUAUUUGAUCUCAUCUUCUUUCAUGGCUAUUUCCAAAUCUACCAAUUUCUUAAUUAAUUGACAAAGACUUGUAACAUUGAUGGCGGUAUUUGGUAUUUAUUAAAUGAUUUAAAGUUUUUAGUAAACAAAGUACAUGCAGGCCCGUAACCAGCCCAUUUUACCAAGGGGAGUGACCACGUUUGCAUGGGAGGGCAAUAGCUGAAAGAGACUGAUUUCAGCUUCAAUGGAGAAUUUGUUCGAAUAAAGUUCUAGGAGGUGACCACUCUCACUAGUUACUGGCCUGGAUACAUGUACAUGAAUUUGUUAUAAUGAUUUUAUCAGAUUGUUAUUUUAUUUAUUAAAUAUGAUGACUAUG